GGAUGAAGUGUGUGGAGGUACAGCACAAUGGCAGCUGGGCGAGUCAGUGCCAAUGCAGGCUGUGCCCGGAAACAACCAUGAUCACCAGGCGUCGACCUGAAACGUAAUCCAUGCCCACGGCAAUGGAGCCACGCGAUCUUCGUCCUUUGUUCCCCACGAUUCCGCGGGCCUGGGUCACUGGAAGGACUCGCAUCGGUCCCAACAGAAUCGAAGUCAAUUUCCACGACGUUGGCACAUCCUGACGGGAACUCGAUCCCAAACCCCACGAUCCUGGGAAAUCGCCGCCCUUUAAGAAACCUGCAGCUGCUGGAGCCCAGACCGACCCGGAUCGACUAAGCAAUUGCGCGGCCCGCAUCCCGCCCCUCCAGUUCCCGUUGGAGUGCUCCCCCGGGCAAGAGACCAGCCGCCUCCACACAUCCAUAUGGCUCCAUGGCGGCCGAGGUGACAGCGUCCUCGCCGACGGCCAGCGGCGGCGGCGGCUGCGGCGGUGGUGGCGGUGGUGGUGGCGCACCCGGAGCCGCCCAACCCCAGCGGCCAAACGGCGGCAACGGCAACGGCGGCGGUGAGGCGCGCGCGCCGUUGUUCGACGACGACGCGGCAACGUAUGACGGCGCGAGCUCCCUCUCGAAGCCGACCACGUCAUCGCCCGUCACGUCGCCGCCGUACUGGACCCACAGCCCGACCCACCACCACCUGCUCGGCGGCGGCGGUGGCGGCGGCUCCAGGAACGGCGGCUACCUCGGGCCAGGCGGGCUCGACAACAACCACUCGACUGAGAGCGUGGCGCCGCCGGGGGGCAUCACGCUGCAGGACAACGACACAGGCGCCGGCGACGACGAGCCUGGACACCUCUCGGGGAGGGACCGCAACCGUGCAUGCUGGGCCAAGAGCGUGUCGGUCACGGACCACGUCGUCGUCAACGGCAGCGCGACCAACAUUGGCGCGUUUGUCGUCUGGAACAUUCGGGUAGAGACCCUGAGCGGCUCCUACAUGAACAUCCGCAAACGCUACUCGGAGUUUGACGACCUCCGUGAAAAGCUCAUGAUUACCUUUCCCAAUUUCGAGGCGGCCGUGCCUGCGCUGCCUCCCAAGAGCGUCAUCGCCAAGUUCCGGCCCAAGUUUCUUGAGAAGCGGAGGUCGGGACUGCAGUACUUUUUGAAUUGCAUAUUAUUGAAUCCUGAAUUCUCUGGAGCGCCAGUCCUCAAGGAAUUCCUCUUCUCCUGAUAGCACACUCCACCUGCUGGCGAACCAAGACCUGGCAACACCAAGCACGGCCGCAGAGGCCACAACCUUUAUACCUAAUACUUUUUUUUCGGGCUUCGAACGCAUUUGCCAUGAGAUAUUUGUGUUCUGGUCUGUUUCAUAGGCGGAUCAUUUUCAUUUUUUUUCUUCCUUUCUCCUUACACACGUUAACUCUCACGAGAGCGAAGCACGAGAUAUGGCUCAAAUAGGUCUAAUGAAUCUAAGCAGCGACUAUGAAAUCUAAUCCUAUCACCGUUCUAACUUCUAAUCUCCAAGCGCCGAGUCUAUAACACCUUGAAAC